GUUAGAAAAAAAAAAAAAAAAAAAAAAGGAGAGAAGAAUGUUACAGUUUCCGACGUUGAUGAGCCAAUUCCCGUCGUCGACGAAGACGAUUCCGGCAUCGUAUUUGCUUCCUCUACAAUGGCCUCAGCCGCAGAACGAGGAGAUUCUUCUCGCCAUGGAAGAAGCUGAGUUCGAAGAAAAGUGCAACGAGAUCAGAAAGAUGAGUCCUGCUUUGCCCGUAAUUGGAAAACCAGUCGUUGACAACCAACAAGAAGAGGACGAUAAUGAAGCAGAGGAUGAUGAUGCAGACAAUGCAGAGGAAUCAGAUGGUGAAGAGUUUGAGCAAGAAACCGGAUAAAAAUCUUGAAACACUCAGGGAGUAUUUUUAUUGCUGGAGUUGGCUUGAAAUUUCAGGACACUUGUGACUGUGAUUCUGACUUUGUAAGCCAUUAUCUUUUCUUAGGAACAAGUUGAAAUGUUAUCACUUUUGGGCAGUGGAUUAUUCCUAGUUCAUUGUCUCUGUCUCAUGGUGCAUUGGUGUUUUAAUUGUAACAUUGAAAAUCCUAAAAAAUGUGGAUUGGUUUUAUGUUUGUGUAUUGACAUUGGAUUUCAUGGUUUAUAGAUUCUAGUGAUUUGAUGAUGA